CUCAAUUCAAAACUUUGUGUUGCAGAGAGAAAGAAGAAGAAGACGAAGAAGAAGAAGAAGAAGAAGACGACGAUGGAGGGGCUAAUUCCGCUGGUAUACAAAGCAAUAGUGCAGUACAGAAACGGAAGCCAGGGAUCGCCUUCAACUUCUUACAUGCGACUGCCUGGUGAUUCAGGUCGUUUUCAAACAUCUGAUUUUCAGCUUUUUCCUUCUAAUAAUCCUCCACCUUCUACAACAGCAGCAACUGCAGGUGCUCAGAUUAUGGUGUCAACGGGAGUUCAAUCUCCUGUUUAUCGAUUCAAUACUCGUCGAGUUAUUGCCUGAUGAUUAAUGUUUUCAAUUUUAAUGGCGAUGAAAGCUUGGGGAAGAUCAAGCUAGAAAAGAAAAUGUUUCAAUCUAGCAGCGAGGAGGAAAAACCUAAAGGGGUUUUUUCUCUGUUAGCUUUAUGUGCUUGCUGUUGUUCUGAUCUGUGACAAACAUGUAAAUAUAUUAUACUAUUUGGUUUGUGUAAUAUCAUCUCUGUUUUUUUUUUUCUCCAUCUUCGUAAUUAUUAUUGAUCCAAAAACCCCAAAUAUCAAAUAAAUUCUCAUCUAAA